AUGUCUCUCAACUCCUUCGCCCAUCUCUACGAAGAGGCCACCAUUGUCGAGAGUCGGCCGUCUGUACUAGACAUUCUAGACAACUAUGCUCCUCAACUCCAUUCGGACAUGUCUAUCCUGGACCUGGCCUGCGGCUCGGGCACGGUGACCAGAGUCAUCCACGAGCAAUGCUCAGCCAAGAAUAUCAAGCCGCCCAGGAUCGUCGGAGUUGAUAUUGGCGACAUGUUCAUCGAGGCUUUCAAUGAGAACAAGAAAGCCUACGGCUGGGAGACGGCCCAGGGGUUCGUCGGAGACGCCUCAGACCUGCACAUGUGCAAGGACGGCGAGUUCGACCUGGUCAUCAUGAACUAUGGCCUCUUCGCCGUCGCCGACGCGGUGGCAAACAAGGUGACGGCCGAGAUUCGCCGCGUCCUCAAGCCCGGCGGCCGGGCAUUCUUCACCGUGUGGCGGGACAACUUCAUCUCCCGCAUGUUCCAAGGGACAAACAGGGCCGUCGGGCGCCCGCAGGAGGAGGUUGACCGCCAUGAUCUGGGCAAGUGGAGUCUGGCUGAGACGAGCCACGAUACGCUCGUUGCAGGCGGUUUCGAGCCGAGCAAGGUCAAGCACUUCCGCCACGACGACACCUUUGGCCUCGCAAAUCAGAAGAGCCUGGUCGAUCGAUUCGACCAGCCGUUUUGGAAGAAUGUCGGAACAGCAGCUUGGACAGACGAUCAAAAGCCCCGAUGGAGAGCCGAGGUCGAGAAGUUGAUUCUCAAGGAACAGGAAGAGAGAGGCGGGUUGCAAGCAAAUUGCUGGAUUUUUGUUGCCGAGAAGUAA